AUGAUUUUCGAUUAUUUAAAAAAAAAAUUACUGUGCGAUGUGAAUUAAAAAAAGAAAAUAAAUAUUCAUCCGUGUAUAAUAUUUAUAUAAAUAUUUUCGGGAGAAGUUCAAACUCACUUCUCCGCAUAGUUGCUCAAAAAAAAAAAAAACUCUACAUAGGAGUAGUCUUCUACGUUGGAUUAUAACCCAAGGUGUGGUUAUUAUGCCUGCAACCACACCUUGAGAAAAAAAAAAUAAAGAAUAAAAAAAAUCUAAAUAUUUCAUUAUCACAUUUUUAUAUAUAUAAAUAUGAAAUGCUUUAAUUUCACCGCCUCGAGGGACUGGUUGUACCGCCAGUCCUUCGCCGCGGCCGGUAUGCGCUCGGUCACCACCGACCUCGGCGAUGGCACCGUCAUGCACUGCUGGGCACCCAAACAACCACGUAAGAACAACAACGAUCCCAAUUCCAAGGUGGCUCGUCCCGCGGUCGUCCUCCUCCACGGUUUCGGCGCCAACGCCAUGUGGCAAUACGGGGAUCACCUCCGCCACCUUACGGCCCGGUUCGACGUGUACGUGCCGGACCUGCUGUUCUUCGGCGGAUCGUACACGGAGGCGUCGGAGAGGAGCGAGGCGUUCCAGGCGCGGUGCGUGAGGCGGUUGUUGGAGGAGGCGCACGGGGUGAGGAGGAUGAGGUUGGUGGGGAUCAGCUACGGUGGGUUCGUGGCGUACAGCAUGGCGGCGCAGUUCCCUGAGAUGGUGGAGAGCGUUGUAGUGUGCUGUGCGGGGGUGUGCCUUGAGGAGGCGGACAUGGCGGAGGGGAUGUUUAGGGUUCCGGAUUUGGAAGAGGCUGCUUCCAUUUUGCUGCCGCAGACGCCGAACAAGCUCCGGGAGUUGAUGCGGUUGUCCUUCGUUAAGCCUGCUAGGGUUGUUCCCUCUUGUUUUCUCUCCGAUUUCAUCGACGUGAUGUGCACAGAGUUUGUAGAAGAAAAAAGAGAAUUGAUCCAAGAAAUACUCAAAGGAAGAAAGCUUUCUAAUCUCCCCCAAAUCAAGCAGCCAACGUUGAUAAUAUGGGGAGACCAAGAUCAGAUAUUCCCUUUGGAACUAGGUUAUAGAUUGAAAAGGCAUUUGGGAGAAAAUGCAGAAUUGGUGAUUAUUAAGAACGCAGGACAUGCUGUGAACCUAGAAAAGCCCAAGGAGUUCGUUAAGCACAUGAAAUCUUUUCUUGUGAAUUCUCUUUCAUCUCCUUUAAAGGAUUGAAUCGUAUAAUGAAUCAAAUUAAUAUACAUGAGUUUUUUCUUUAUUUUCCUCUGAGUAAUUCUUUCUAAUUUUUAAAUUUUAAUAUUAUAUAUUUUUUGGUGCGGGAUUUUGUUCUAA